GUGCAAUGGACUCUGCUGUUUUGUCCCCUGAGGCCCCUCCAUCAACCUCCUGGGCCCAAGAGAAUCCAUUCUCCCAGCUUAAGACUGAGAGUGAAGGAAGUAAGCCCGGUUCUCCUCUCCUUGCGGACGAAGCUUCACCUCUGCUUGUAGAAAAUGGUCCCCUUUGUGGGCCCCUCCAGAUACAGACAGAGGUACAAGCAGAGGUCAUAGCUGAACAAACCAUUGCAAUCACUGAAGAAGAUGACAGCUGGAAUGAGGACAGUGAUGUUGUUUCCAUGGAAACCAUGUCUUCUAAUCCUACACCUGUACCAGAUGGAGGGGUGGAUUUGGCAGUUGACAGAAACAUGACAGACAACUUCAGAUCCUACAUGGACCAUCUGUCUCAUCUCUCCCCUGACCAGGAAAGUAAUUCGUCACCAUGGCAGCGACCUAACAACCACGGAAACACUGUAGAUAUGUGCUCUUCUUCAGAUGAAUCUUUGGAUAGUAACCCGUCUACCCAGGGCACCAAUGAAGAUGGAGGUAGUGACAUGCUGUCUCAGGACAACAACGGGAGACCGAGCUUUAUCAGACGAUCCUUUGGGUCGUGGGGAGACGAGACAAAUCCUUAUGAUGUGUAUAACCCCCACAACCCAUAUGCCUUAUUCAACCUUCCUACACCAGCCACUCAUCAGCAACCCACCACAUUUAAUGGCUUUGAUUACCGAACACAGGUGCUGCCACCACGUGAGCAUGAGCGAGGGUUCAGGCGUGUUGGACGUCAUCCAUCACACACAUCUACCCACAGUUCAAUUAGGGAGAGGUCUGCUCCCAGGGAGAUUGUUCCCCCAGUACCCACUGGUAGGGUGUCCCCUGGGAUGCGAGUUUGCUCCCCACCAGCCAUAGUGAGGGUGGGAUCGCAGCCCCAUGGAGACAAUAUUGUAGUGGCUCCCCUUUCUGAGAUGGAGACUGUGACUUUAGGAAUUCCAAAUACUUCAUUCCCAAGACCAGAGACUCUGCCAGGAGCUGAGACAGGUGACCCAAGAGCUCGUCUAGAGGACAGAAUGGAAAUGAAUCUUGAAGUUGGAGAUGAUGAAAGGCAGACAGAGGCUGAUCCAAUAUCAUGUAACUCUAGAUUUUGUGCAGGAUCGUAUCAGACUAGCCAUAAGUCUACAGCAGGGUCUAGUAAGCAUCGUCAUCCUUGUCCAAACCAUAGAGGUGGUCAUUGGAGGAAUCAGAGGAUAGGUGGACAUUCCUGUGCAAGGGUCACCCAUGCCCACACACUGAAUGACAGAAGUUCCCCAUUCUGUGACCAUUCCCUGUCUUCAAGCUCCACCCCCAGGGAUAACUCCACAAGUGCAAUAAUGAAUGGACAAAAUGUACUGCAGGCUGAAUCCAAACCUCAGAGGGAGCAGUUGAUGGGGGCGACAGGAACGGUCAGUGUUCUGGAGCACAGGUCAGAGGGGGAGGGUCGAGAGGUCAGUGAUUUACUGAGACCUGUCACUGUUACAUAUGAAAAGGAGACAGGUGCCCCUGUGGCAGGUUGUCGGAGUGUGAACAUUCUCCAUAGUGACAGUGAAGGGGAGGAGCUUGGUAGUAUUGACCUGACCCAGUCUGACCUUGAAGAGAGGGGCACAGGAGAGGGAGCAGAAAGGAGACACUCUCCCAUUGCCCCCAUUCUUCCCUUUGACACAGAUGACCAUAGCACAUCCUAUCAGUCUGAUGACAGUGAUGUGGAGGUCAUCCGAGUGGACAAUGGGGAAAGACUUGCUCGUACAAUGCAGGAUUCAACAGGGAGAGCGACAGUUGUAGUAGAUCUCACAGAGUCUGAUGACGACCAAGAAAAUAGCCGAUCCAACUUCACAUCUUUCAAUGUGCCCCGUACAUCCCAACCUGCCCCAGUGGAAAAUCGUCAACCUAGUGCUGCGGCCAGUUUUCCCUGUAAUUCUGGUAACUCUGAGUCCGGUGCUGGGGCACCUGCUCCACAGACCUCAAUGUUCCAGCCCAUUUCCCGGGGGUACAGACAGCCCCCACCUGCUCAUGUGCAUCCUAACUUUGGUAUGCCCAUGGCACCUAUGUGUCGAUCUCAUGACCAUGGUCAGGCCUGCAGUGGGCAUGGAUGUAAUCAGCAUCCACCAGCACAUAUGCUUCCCUGUUCAGAACGUCUAGGCUGUGCUUUCCAUGAGAAUGGUCACCCCCAUAUGAAUGUCAGCCAUCCUAGUCACAUGUCAGGGCCACACCCAGGACACGCCCACAUGGGUGCCAGUCACAGUAACCAUGGACACCCUUCUUCAUUACCAGGACACCUGUCUCGUUCCCAUGGUGGCAUGCAUCCUCACCCUCAUCUACAGCGUCAUUCCCAUGGAGCCCAAGGAUCUUGUGGAGCUAACUGUACCCAUGGAAUGGCACCUCAUAUGCACCAUCCAGCUCCACCCCCACAACCGCCAAGAGCCCACAUACACCAUCACCACUACCACCCCCCUCCGAUCCUCCCUGCAGGAGUGGUGCCCUUCCUGUUACCACAGCAACCCAUGCCUGAUAUGUCAACUAGGAACAUUGAGGGAAUGCCUUUGUUUCAACACAAUUCAAUCAGUUCUGCCAGCUGUUUACAAAAUGGUGCCCCUCCCCCAAUGAUGAAUUGGCCCAGAUCUCAGCCUCAGAUGACCCCCGGGCAAUGUGGGGCAUCCUUCACCAGUCAGCGGGCUACACCUAACCCCCAUUCUCAUCACCCACCAGAAGCUAUGCCGACUUCUUGUGGUCAGAACCAGAUGAACCCAGGUCCUACACCAGGCCCUCCUCAUCAGAUGAACCCAGCUCCUCCUCAUCAGCAUCUACAUCAUCAUCUUCAUCAUUAUCAUCAUCCGCCAAGGAUUCAUCAUUUCCCCAUUGCUCCAGGGAUGCCCUCAGACUUUGCUCCUAUUCAUCAGAUUCCUCCAGUACAUCCGCACCCUCUACCAGCGUUUACAUACCUGCCAAAUAUAAACCUCAACCGAAAUUUCCAGCUGAGGAUGGGACGCAUGAUGAUGCCUCAUAGACCGACUUACGAGGAGCUCUUGAGUUUGGAGGAAAGACUUGGUAAUGUGAACCGAGGGGCCACUCAGGAUAUCAUUGAGAUGAACACUCUUCCAUACAAGUACAAAAAGAUGAAGAAGGAUGGGGAUGAUGACCAACAAGAGGAAAAGUGCACAAUUUGUCUGAGUGAGUUUGAAAUGGAGGAAGAUGUCAGACGACUUCCAUGUAUGCAUUUAUUCCACAUUCAGUGUGUAGAUCAGUGGCUGACAACAAAUAAAAAGUGUCCUAUCUGUCGAGUUGACAUAGAGGCUGGAAGCAAGGGACACAUUGCACAUGAGUGACAGUCAAAAGUGACUUAUAAUGGAUUGACAGCUGAAGGGGUGUGACUUACCAAAUAUUACAGCUGAAGGGGCAUGACUUAUCAAUGAUUGAAGCUGAAGGGGUGUGACUUACCAUGAUUGACAGUUUAAGGGAUGUGGCUUAUCAGUGAUUGACAGCUGAAGGGGUGUCGCUUGUUGGUAUUGAGGAGUGAAAAGGAGCCUGUUUUAUCAACAAAUUAAAUGAGCCUUUACACAUAGCCGAAAGUGCACUGUGUGUUACUUGUAAUGUAAAAUUGAUUUUUUUAUGAUUGUGGCUUAUAUUCUAAUGAAAAUGCCAAAAAGUUUAAAAGAAUUUUUUGAAAAAUGAAAUACCAUAUAUACUCGCCUAUAAGUCAGUUUUUUGGGAGUUAAACUUUAGUCCAAAAAUCUUUGUCCGAUUUAUAUGCGAGUUAUAAGAAUAUUGGUAUUUUAGUGGGUCAAUCUGUCUAAUAUAAGCUCAAAAAAAUACAAGCGACUUAUAGGCAGACCGACUUCUAGGCGAGUAUAUAUGGUAGUCUCAAAUUUCUGUUAAAUAUUUGCUGUUAAGAGUAUACUUAGAGAAUGGUGUUAUUUUUUUUACAUACAUUUAUGAUAAUUCCGCACCUACUAACAAGUGAACUGAAGUGCUACCUUACUUAACCGCUGUUCUUGUAAUCAUAGCUUUAUACAAAUUCCUCUUUAUAAAUGACUAGAAACCUGUACAUAACAGUUUGAGUUUUCUUGUAAUACUUUGGAUUCAUGCUACAAAUGUUGAAAAAAAAGAUAUACUAACCUGUGUAGUUAAGAAAUAGUGAUUGCUAGGUAUCUACAGUUUAUAAACAGAGUGUUCUAUAGGCUUACUGGAGGGCUUCUUAGUUUAUUAUUCAUUGUUCAAUCGUUACACAAAUGUUCCACAAUGCCCAGCUUUGAAGUAAUCAUGUGUAAUUGAGGUUUUUGCCUAUACAUGUAUGAAUCAAUAUUUACAUGAAUUUGAUUAACUGCAUUUAAUUCCUUUUAUUAAUGGCUGUUGAUUUGUUAUUAAGAGGUGCUAAUUAAUUAAGAUAUAAUUGAUAUUCACAGAAUUAAUAUCACUAAUAUAAGAGCACAUUUUUUGCAUCCUUAAUUGCUUAAGCUAUUAUCACCCACAGUUUGUCCAUGGUGUCAUGUGGUUUGAGGAGUUGAACUGGUCAAAUCUGGUUUGAGUCUUUAGGCUAUAUGGACACCUGUGAUUUGGGUCUUCAGGCUAUUGUCACCUGUGAUUUGGGUUGUAGGCUAUGGACACCUGUGAUUUGGGUCUGUAGGCUAUGGACACCUGUGGUUUGGGUCUUUAGGCUAUGGACACCUGUGGUUUGAGUCUCUAAGCUAUGGUCAGCAGUGAUUUGGGUUUGUGAGGUAUGGUCACCUGUGGCUUUGGUGUUUUUUUCUGUCCCUGUCACUUGAUUAAGAUGUAUCACUUCAUGUGUAGAAAUAUUUGCCUUAUAUGUUUAGUCUUCCUACCUCUUAACAUCACAGAGAAAUGAUGGCCCCCAUUAUAUCUGCAUUUUCUUGUUCACCAUGGCAAAUUUAAAUCAGACAAAUCAAUAAACUUCGUGCAAGUUCUAAAAUUGCAGGAAUGGUUAUCUGACAAUUCAAAGGCAGAUAUUGUCCCAGUAAUGUAGCAGUAAUUUUAAAAAAAAAAUUGCGUUCUAUUUUUAAGCAUGAUGCAGUUAUUGGUCUGGUUUUACAGAUUGUUACAUACUUGUGUAGAUUACCUCUCAAGUUUAUAAAUUCCAUUGAGAAAGUAAGUUUGAAUUCAAUUUAAGAAUAUGUAGUAAACAAUAUAUACCUCUUUUGCAUAUAAUCAAAUUGGGUAGAGAGGCUGUUCAGAAUUGGGUAGGGAAGGGUACAGUAGACCUGCCUCCCAAAUAUUCAGGCCUGUCCUUGCUUUGUUGUUUCAGUGUUUACUAAUUGGAAGUCUUGAUAGUUUUUAUCCCUGAAUAUAGGUUAAUAAUAUCUGUAUGUUCUUUUGUAUGACUUUUGCCAUCAUUGGAAACCACAGGUUUUUAAUCCAAUUGCUCUCUCUCUCUCUCUCUCUCUUGGGGCUUGUAAGGAUUAGGGCUGUGUAUUGAGCAAAAAAUUUUGGUACGAUACAAUACGAUAUUUUGUAAAGCAUUAUGCAAUAUAUUGGAUUCUUUAACAAGUCUAACAAAAAAAUCUUUUAAAUCAUUUAAUGCAUAAAUUUUAUAAAAACUGAGUGUUUUAUAACCAUUUUGAAGUUCUUGUCUCACUGUCAUGAUAAAGUACAUUUCAAAUUUAAACUUUUAACUGUAAAACCAACAUUUUACAAUAUAGUUGUCUAUGCAUUUUGUAAUAAUUAUUAAAGAUUUGUGAUCUCCUUAAUGUUUAUAUCAUUAUUGAUCAGUUUUAAUUCAAAACAGUUAAAUAUAAUCUUUGGUGAAUGAAAUUCCCAACUUUUUCAAAGAAUUUUAAGAAACACUUCCUUCCCGAUAUGUAUUGAAAGUUAUGAUACGGUACAUUCUUGAAUAUUGGUACGUAUCGAUAUAUCGAUAUAUUGAUACAGCCCUAGCAAGGAUGGUCUCACCACCUGUGAUAAAUUGCUUUGUUUCCAAGCUUGUAUUUAUUUUUGAAUGAAUUGAUUUGUAAUCAAUGUAUGGGUUGUCAAUAAAAAAAAUAUCUGAAGUUCAACCUUCAUGUUUUAUCUGACCUUCAGAUUUUAUUACCCCAAUAAAAGUAUUGUUAGAAAUAUAACCUUUAAUAAACACCUUAUUUUGUUUUUUAUAUGAUGGUGAUUGCAGUGUACCCAUAGUUGUUGUGGUAUAGCUAGUGAUUUUAAUAUCAAAACUAUAUGGUUAUGGGUAAACACAAUUCCUACUAGUAUUUAUGUUUGGUAGAGUUGAGAUUUGUACCACAUCUGGUAUAUGUAUGCAUGUGAUGUAUUCUUCCUGAAAUCUUCAUUUCCAGGAGUGAAUGUUGGGUCCUUGCCAAUGUCUAUCAGCUAUCAAUAAUCUGUGUAACAUUUUAGCUUAUUUCAUGUUAUAUGCUAUAUAUUGUAAGAUCAUUAUGAAUUUGUUGUGCAGUUGUUAACAUUUCUAUGGGAUUUGUUUUGAGGAGGCGUAGGAUUUGUGCAUUCAGGGUCUAAAUAGUCAAGUAUUCGAAUGUGUCCUUCGAUAUGGUAUUUAGGUGCCAUAAAUUUUGAAGAAAAAAGUUCAAAGCAAAAGAUUUUUUAGUUAUUCUAGGGUAAAAGUUGUAAAAACUCAGAGUGAUUUCUUGGAUUAAAAUCUUAUUUUUUAUUUGAAUAUUAAUAUUAAUUUUGUAGUGCGUAAUUUCUAGGUUAAGUAUCUGUUAAGAAUUUAGACAAGUGUCAGAUUUUCUAAUUUUUUUUUUAAUUUUAAUAAUAUUAAUAUAUACUGUUAAGAUUCUUUGAUUGUUUGUAUAUUAACAAAGUUUUACUCUCAAUAAUUGAUAAUGGUUAGAAUUUGUGACAGCUUGUUGUGCUUUCCUCAUCUGUAUAGCUGUAAGUAGGAAUUGAAAAAGGAAAAUUUUAAUAUAUGAUAUGUUAACAUCUUAUUAUAAAUGUUUGUGUAAAUUACAAAAUGAUCCAGCCUUCUAAAGGCAUAAAAUUAUAAUGAUGUUAAUGUGCAUUAGAUAAAAUCAACAGAGAUUAUAAAUUUUCACUAAUUCAUGUAUAUUUUCUUGUUAAUGAACAGCUUAUUAUUAUAUACACACUUUUACUGUACCCCCCCCCCCCCCCUUUUUUGUGAUCUGUUUGUGAUGUAUUUACAUUUAUAUAUUGUCAAUUAACAUGUCCAAAUAAAAAUACCUAUUUGAUAA